GCGAAGGAAGUGCAGUUGGCAUGCUACGAGACAAGGGAGGCCAAUAAUCAAUCUAGUGGUGAGCUGCUGAUCUGCUUUUAAAACAAACUGUGUGCCAUAUUUGACAGAGGCCCCACCAGCACUCUGCAAACCACUGUGAAUACCUUGGAGGAGCCUGAGAUGUAGACCCCUGCCAUGAACAGGGAAGAGGAGGAGAGGGGAGAUGUGGGGCGGAGGGGAGGGAGUCCAACCAUACAACAAAUCAAGACCUGUCUGAGACUCCACCAUGGUCUAGUCAGUUCUGGCAGCCAAAUAUGGAUGAGCCCAAUGAAGAGGAAGGGAUCUUUGGUAAGCGUGUGCAUGCAUUUUUCCUUACAGUGUUUAAAUGUAAAGAUGUCUCCUGGCCCAUUGUCAAGUUAACAAGACACCGGUAUAAACUUUUAGUUGUUUUACUCAUACAGGAAGAGAUGGAGGUAAAACAAAUAGAGAGAGGUGGUAUCUGCGUUUUGUUCCCCCGCUGGAUUGGACAUGGAGAGGGCCAUGCGGAGCAGUUUGUUUAUGUACAGAAGAAUGUCCCUUGUAUCCUCCUGAGAGAUCUCAAUGAAACUUUCAUGGUGUUACUCCGCAAUCCUCUCCUGAAGGGUUCUAGGGAUGGCUGCCUUAUUUGUUCUUCUGCAGAUGAUACUUUCCCACACCUCACCAUGCAGCUGCCAUUGUGGCUUUGAGGGGUGCCCCUUGCACAUCUGCAGAACACCUGAUCCUGAAGAGGAGAAAGAAGAGGAUUAGUUCAGCAAGAUCUUGCAAGCUAUUGCUGCUUCAGAUCGUGAACAAAGGUCCUGGAGACCAGCGUGACAGAUGUUAUGGAGAAUGAAAAAGGAGACAGGAAAGGCUAGGAUUCCCAGCAGGAAGGGGAAAGGGAGAUGCACCAAGACAUAAUGGAGCUUCUCAGGCAGCAAACUCAGAUGCUGGUUGACCUACAGGCCCAGAAAUCUGGCUCCCCGCACUUUGCAGUCCUUAGAGAGCUCUGUAGAAGCAGUCCUGACACUCCAAAGCAUAUCAUGUGGCAUCACGGGCCACAUCCUAAUCCCUAUGAUUCCUCACUGUGUGACUGCAAGGAAAAACACUGCUUAACAUACACCAACAUAGGCUUACAGCAGUGUUGCAAAUAUGCAAUGUUGGAAAUCAGCAACAAAGGUUUCAAACAGAAGAAAAAACAACAACAAAGGUUGCAGGAUGGAUAUAAUCAACAUAUCACUCUUUGAUGCACAAGAGAACUUCAGCUAUGACAGGCAUUCAGAAUGGACUGACUGGAAGAAAUGCUUUGCAAGACUUCACAUUGCUACUAAACUCUACCAGGAAACUGGAGACAUCCAGGUAUCUCACGUUACAAAAUGGCUUGUGUGCACUACUGAUUUCGGAUGCAAAUAACAUGGAUAGUGUUCCUUCGGAGGAUUCUUCGGAAUGGGAGGAUAAUGAUGAGACUGAGAUUGAAACUGAUGAAGAUGAUGACUCGGGAGCAGAGAUGGAUGAGGACAAGGAAAAUUAUGAGGAUGAUGACAAUGAUGGAGAUGAUGAGGAGGAUCCCAAUAAUUCUGAUGAUAUGGAAAUGGAAGAACUAACAGAAAAGGAAGAAGCAAAGAAGAGAAGUGGUACAGAGAAGCUGUCUGCAGCUGCUCUUUGUGUUGCUGUUGGGAGUUUCUGUGAUCCUGAGGAUCUGCCUGGGUUGGCACAUUUUCUGGAGCACAUGGUAUUUAUGGGCAGUUUGAAGUAUCCAGAUGAGAAUGGGUUUGACGCAUUCCUGAAGAAACAUGGGGGCAGUGACAACGCUUCAACUGACUGUGAACGGACAGUCUUCCAUUUUGAUAUCCAGCAGAAGUACUUCAAAGAAGCACUUGAUAGGUGGGCACAGUUCUUCAUUCACCCACUAAUGAUCAGGGAUGCUAUUGAUCGUGAAGUUGAGGCUGUCGAUAGUGAAUAUCAACUAGCAAGGCCCUCUGAUGCAAACAGGAGGGAGCUGCUACUUGGAAGCCUUGCCAGACCUGGGCAUCCAAUGAAGAAGUUUUUCUGGGGUAAUGCAGAGACACUAAAGCAUGAGCCUAAAAAGAGUAAUACUGAUAUCUACACCAGACUGAGGGAUUUUUGGCAGCACUAUUACUCUGCUCACUAUAUGAACGUAGUUGUCCAGUCUAAAGAAACUUUGGACACUUUGGAGAAGUGGGUGAAGGAAAUCUUUUCACAGAUUCCAAAUAAUGGUUUACCCAAACCGAACUUUGGCCAUCUGACACAGCCUUUUGACACACCCGAAUUUUACAAGCUUUACAGGGUUGUUCCAAUCAGAAAUGUUCAUUCACUGAGCAUUGCCUGGGGACUACCACCACAGGAGAGACAUUACAGGGUGAAGCCACUUCACUAUAUCUCCUGGCUGGUAGGACAUGAAGGCAAAGGCAGUGUUCUUUCCUUUCUUCGGAAAAAAUUUUGGGCUCUUGCGUUAUAUGGGGGAAAUGGUGAGACAGGAUUUGAACAGAACUCCACCUACUCUAUAUUCAGCAUUUCUGUGACUUUGACUGAUGAAGGUUACGAGCACUUCUAUGAGGUUGCGCAUGUUGUAUUCCAGUAUCUGAAAAUGUUGCAGAAAAGAGGGCCAGAUAAAAGAAUUUGGGAAGAGAUUCAGAAGAUUGAAGCUAAUGAAUUUUAUUUCCAGGAUCAGGCUGAUCCAAUUGAUUAUGUUGAAAGUCUCUGUGAGAACAUACAUAUCUUUUGUAAGGAGGACUUUCUGACGGGCGAUCAGCUCCUGCUGGAAUACAAGCCUGAAAUCAUUGCUGAUGUCCUUAACCAGCUCUGCCCUCUGAGAGCAAACCUUGUUCUGUUGUCUGCUGCCAGUGAAAGAAAAUGUCAUCUAAAGGAGAGAUGGUUUGGGACACAGUACAGUGUGGAAGAUAUUGACAAAUAUUGGAGUGAUUUAUGGGCCAGUGACUUUCAGUUAAAUCAGGACCUGCACUUACCUGAAGAAAACAAAUAUAUAGCCACUGACUUCGCUCUGAAGGCAUCUGAUUGGCCUGACACGGAGCACCCAGUCAAAAUUCUGAGUACACACCACGGCUGUGUGUGGUACAAGAAGGACAAUAAAUUCAAAAUCCCCAAAGCUUACAUACGUUUCCAUCUGAUCUCCCCACUGAUACAGCAGUCUGCAAAGAGUGUGGUACUUUUUGAGACUUUUGUAAAUAUCCUUUCUCACAACCUUGCUGAACCGGCAUAUGAAGCCGAUGUUGCUCAGUUGGAAUAUAAACUGGUAUCUGGAGAGCAUGGUUUGGUCAUUCGAGUGAAAGGAUUCAAUCAUAAACUACCUCUGCUAUUUCAGCUCAUCAUUGACCAGUUGUCUGACUUCAGUUUUACUCCAGCGGUUUUUGAGAUGAUAACAGAGCAGCUAAAAAAGACUUACUUUAAUAUUCUGAUCAAGCCAGAGAUACUGGCCAAAGAUGUGCGUUCUUUAAUUUUGGAGCAUGGCAAGUGGUCUAUGAUAGAUAGAUACAGGAGAUUAAUGAAGGGCCUUUACACUGAGUCGCUCUCAUCCUUUGUUAAGGGCUUCAAAUCACAUCUAUAUGUGGAGGGGCUAGUGCAAGGAAACUUCACAAGCAGAGAAUCAAAGGAUUUUCUGAAUUAUGUUGUUCUAAACCUGCAGUUCCUUCCCUUGCCACACCCAUGUCCUGUUCAAUUUCGGGUGGUAGACCUGCCAAACACACACCUACUCUGCAAGGUGAAAACCCUUAACAGAGGUGAUGCCAACUCUGAAGUGACAGUCUAUUAUCAGUCGGGGGCUAGGAGUUUAAGAGAAUACACCCUUAUGGAGCUGCUUGUGAUGCACAUGGAGGAGCCUUGCUUCAACUUUCUGCGAACCAAGCAAACCCUUGGCUACCAUGUGUACCCUACAUGUAGAAAUACAUCUGGGAUUCUUGGGUUCUCUGUUACCGUAACCACACAAGCAACCAAGAACAACUCUGAAUUUGUUGACAAGAAAAUAGAAGAAUUUCUUUUGUACUUUGAGGGGAAAAUGAGGCUUUUAACUGAAAAAGCAUUCAGGACUCAGGUCAGUGCUCUAAUACAUAUUAAAGAAUGUGAAGAUUCCUAUCUUGGAGAAGAGGUGGAUAGAAAUUGGAAUGAAAUAAUGACUCAGCAGUAUCUUUUUGACAGACUUGCCCAUGAGGUUGAAGCACUACGAUCACUAACUAAGUCAGACCUAGUUGACUGGUUCCAAGCUCAUAGAGGCAAAGAGAGGAAAGCACUCAGUAUACAUGUGGUUGGAUUUGGUAAACAAGAAGGCGACUCAGAUGUUCAACAGUCCUUACUUGGUGAAAUAUAUCAACUCACAUUCUUACCCCCUUCCUCCUAUAUGAAGAAUACCAGUUACAUCAGGGACAUUAGAAAUUUCACAUUAAUGCUUAACCUCCUCCCUUACCACAAGAUAUUAAAAUAAAUUAUAGUUGUUUUCCCCUGCAUUGAAGUGUAGUUUAAGUAAUUUUCAGUUUGAGAACACUGUGAAUCAUUUAGCCUCACUAAAUGAAUUUGUAUUGUCAGCAGCGGUAGAUGAGUUCUUCCCUUAUUUUAAUGAAGCUUUGUAGCAUUGUACAUCCACUUUGC